AUGAAAAUACCAUCAAUUUUUAAACUUCGCACAACCAGCAGACUAUGUAUGUUAGGUAAAGCAUUGUCGAACACGUCUAGUGGUAAAACUGAAACAAGGCUUUCAUCUGAAUUUGCAUCAUCUCGAUUCUAUUCCACUCGUCAAUUUACAUCACCAACAACAACAAAGAAAACGACUAUACUCGAUUUAAAAAAAAAGUAUAAGGAAAAAAUACCCAUUACAAUGGUUACAGCUUAUGACCACUCGAGUGCUUACAAUGUGGACAUGGCCGGUAUUGAUAUGAUCUUAGUUGGUGACACUUUAGGCAUGGUAAUGUUAGGUAGAAAACAUACAGCAAGUGUUACAAUGGAUGAAAUGAUAUAUCAUUGUAAAGCUGUUACAAGUACGGUGCAACAAUCGUUUGUCGUUGGUGAUAUGCCAUUUGGUAGUUAUGAAACAUCACCAACAGAGGCAGUAAAAAAUGCUAUUCGAUUCAUAAAAGAAGGUGGUGUUGAUGCAGUAAAAAUGGAAGGUGGUGUUCGGAUUAAAGAUGCAAUUAAAGCUAUUGUUGAUGCUGGUAUUCUUGUAGUGGGACAUAUAGGUCUGACACCACAAACAUCUACAACUGUCGGAGGUUUUAAAGUACAAGGCAAGACAGUGGAAGCAGCACAAAAAGUUAUGGAUGAUGCUCUAGAAGUUCAACAAUGUGGAGUAUCGAUGAUAGUUAUUGAAAGUGUGCCAGCAAUAUUAGCCAGACAUAUUACGCAAGAAGUGACCGUUCCAACGAUCGGUAUUGGAGCUGGUGUUGGAUGUAGCGGACAGGUGCUUGUCUAUCAUGAUAUGCUAGGCUUAUUACCGCUACGUAUACCAAAAUUUUGUAAACAGUAUAGUCAACUGGUCGAUACAAUACAGCAGGCAUUGGUUACAUUUAAAAGAGAAGUGGAAAAUCGAGAAUUUCCCACAAUACAACAUAGUUAUACAAUGAAAGACGAGGAUUUUACAAAUGCCUUUCCAUUUACUAAAGUAUUGCGAGAUGAUAAAUGA